CAUGGACACGAAAAGAAAACACAAGAAAUUGCUCGCAAAAAGAUGCUGAGCUUGCACUUUACAUUAGUAUGACUAAAUGACGGAUUUCUGGAGGGGGGGGGUGUGUGUUCAAGGUCACCGCUGGUCAUGUCGGAUAACGAGGAGCUAGUGGAGGAGUAUGAAGAGGAGGUGGAAGAGGAGGAAGAGGAGGUAGAGGAGGACCAGGCAGAAGAGGAGGUGGAAGACAAAGCCGGUGAAGAAGAGCAGGAGGAGGAGGAGGAGGAGGGCGCUGAAGAAGACGGCGAUGGGGAAGCAGACGAAGAAGAAGAAGAAAGCAAGCCAAAGUUCAAGCCAUUUAUGAUGCCUAAUCUCAUCCCGCCCAAGAUUCCAGAUGGCGAGAAGGUUGAUUUUGACGACAUACAUCGCAAACGGAUGGAGAAGGACCUGAUGGAGCUUCAAACUUUGAUUGAGGUUCAUUUUGAGAGCAGGAAGAAGGAAGAAGAAGACAUCAUUCAUCUUAAGGAGAGGAUCGAGAAGCGGCGCUCUGAGCGAGCCGAGCAGCAACGAAUCCGAAGCGAGCGAGAGAAGGAGCGACAGAAACGUUUGGAGGACGAGCGCACUCGCAAAGAAGAGGAAGAGGCCAAGAAAAGAGCCGAGGAGGAUGCCAAGAAGAAGAAAACCCUGACCAGUCUGCACUUUGGAGGCUACAUGCAGAAACUGACGGAGAAGCGCAGCGGCAAGAAGCAGACGGAGAGAGAGAAGAAAAAGAAGAUCCUAAACGAUAGACGCAAGUCUCUGGAUAUUGAAAAUUGGAAUCAGGAGCAACUCAAAACGAAAGCUAAGGAGCUGUGGGAGUGGAUGAAAGAGCUGGAAGCUGAGAAGUUUGAGCUGCAAUACCAGAUCACCAGCAAAAAAUACGAGAUCAAUGUACUACGGAACCGCGUCAGUGACCACCAAAAAACGUCCAAGAGGACCAAGAGAGGGCUGAGGAAAUAGAUCAAGUGAUAAGUUGGAAGCAAUCAUGCAGCGAAGCAAACGUCACUGCCAACUCUUUCCAGAAAAACAGCCGUCAACGGCUGAAUCACUAUUUACUGGAUUUAUGGAUGUUAAAUAAAGACAUUUCGUUUGGCCAAAGCGCUUUUUUUUCUUGAUUUGAUUUGAUUUCUUGAAGACAGUCGGACUGGACAAGUUCACCUCUUGAGAAGAAUGAAAAGGCCCAAGAAGCCUGAAGCCCAAAAAAAAGUUGAUACGGCUUUCUUAAAAGAGACAGGCUCCGACUUGACUGGGACUUUUCAGAUGCUCGUCAGACAUGAAGGGACUGAGACCAACCAGAAGGUUUAGAAAAUGAUGAACUGUUUGACAAAAGUAAUCAGACUACCGUAUUUUCCGCCCUAUAAGGCGCACCUAAAAACCUAAAAUUUUCUCAAAAACCGACAGUGCGCCUUAUAGUCCAGUGCGCCUUAUAUAUGGACCAAAUUCCUAAAUUCAAACUGGCCCGAAGUAUUGUGUCAUGAAAUCAAUCAUAAGUGGCCCGCUGAAGACUAUGAAUCGUGACUCAAAAAGACUAUGGAUCAUUAUUUUAUGAUUAUAAAGUCAUUUGUUCCGUCUGAAGUUGAAAUAAAAAAGAUAAAAUGGAGAAUGACUUGAUUUGGAUUAAAAAUCUGACAUGAUGCAUUAAUGGUGCGCCUUAUAGUCCGGUGCGCCUUAUAUAAGGAUAAAGUUUUAAAAUGGGCCAUUCAUUGAAGGUGCGCCUUAUAGUCCGGUGCGCCUUAUAGGCCGGAAAAUACGGUACUUUUGGAUUUAUAGCAGAAAUGUUAGUCAGCACGACAAAACAAGUCAAUUGUGCUGAGUGGUUUUCACUUAUGUCUUUCAGUUAGGGGGCAAUUAGUUUGGUAAAUUCCGAUUUCUUUGUUGAAAAUGCAGGAAAGACAGUUUUCACAUGAGCAAAACUGAAAAAAUAUUUUGUUGAAUGGCCCAACUUAAAAAUUUGUCAGUAUGUCGCCUUGAAAGUUUGAGUUCACUCAACUUAUUUAUCAGUUUGUUGCCUUGAACGUUUGAGUUUUUUUUAAACAGUGUAGUCACACUAUUAAAUAAACAGGGAGGGUUACGUCAAUGACUAACAAUAACCAGAAACAGAAAAACAAACAGACAACUUGAGAUCGGAAGAUAAAAAUAGGAGGAAAUACUCUAUGUAAAAAAAAAAAAAGCUUCGGCAAAUAUUUUCGAGCUGGUUGCUAGCAUUUCUCUUGUAGUAAGAGAUUUGAUGGUUUGCAUAUAUUACAAAUUUAUUGCAGGUUUGGUGGACAGAAAAGUAGUUAUUCUGUAACUGAGUGACAGUAAAUGCUAGUACCGUAUUUUCCCGACUAUAAGGCGCACCUAAAAACCUAAAAUUUUCUCAAAAGCCGACAGUGCGCCCUAUAGUCCGGUGCGCCUUAUAUAUGGACUAAAUUCCAAAAUCUAAACUGGCCCGAAGCAUUGUGUCAUGAAAUCAAUCAUAAGUGGCCCGCUGAACACUAUGAAUCAUGAAUCAAAAUGACUAUGAUCAUUAUUUUGUGAUUAUAAAUUAAUUUGUUGCGUCUGAAGUUGAAAUAGAAAUGAUAAAUAGAGAAUGAUUUGAUUUGGAUUAAAAAUCUGACAUGAUGCAUUCAUGGUGCGCCUUAUAGUCCGGUGCGCCUUAUAUAAGGACAAAGUUUUAAAAUGGGCCAUUCAUUGAAGGUGCGCUUUAUAGUCCGGUGCGCCUUAUAGUCCGGAAAAUACGGUAAUUAUAUGCCUCUUAAACAUUUCCACUAAAAUUUGAACGGUGGUAGCAUAUUCAAACGUCGAAAUAGUUCAAUUAAAAGUACAGAAAAAGAGGAAGAACCAUAAUUCUCAGCCGUCUUCAUUUUGAAUCCCCUCCAUUGGACACAAUGCAAAGAAUUACCAAAUAGCGAUUUAGAUUUUUGAGUUCCUCAUUUUAUUCAGAACACAGACAAUAAUGUUAAAAAAAGCAACGUGUAACAUGAAAUACAAAUCAAUUAAAUUGCCUGUUUGUGACAUGAACAGAGAAGGAACAUUCAAAGUUAAUUGUACACAUUGGUAAAUAUACUGUCGCGGUGAGUUUAAGUAGCGAGUUAAAAUACGCACUGUAACCGUGUAACGUUUCCACAGUAUAACAUAGUUUGUACUAUUUUAAUCUUUCAGAAUGUACCAAUGAUUAAGAAUGUGUUAAAAUAGUGCUCAUUUGGAGGUGAUCAGAGUGUCUCCUCCUGAUUUAAAGGCGAACUGAAACUAAGCUAGGCUACGCUAACUGCUUUAUAUGAGCUAAGUUUCUCCUGUAAGAUCAUUUUGGUAAGCGAAAACAAUUUCCCCGUAACUCCACGUUUAGCAAAGUUAAAUAUGGUUGUUGAGAAAGAGAUUAAAUUAACAAGACAUAUAUUCAUAUAUAUAUAUAUUUCAUCGUCCUCAAGGGCGCGAGAAAGAUGUGAUUGGAAGUGAUAUAUUUUAGCAUUUUCUCUCCACAUCACACUCAAGUUAACCAAGCGAAAAACACACUUGCCUAUUCAUAUGCACAGAUGCAAACCGAUCCAAAUUAAAUACAGACAACACCGCAAAAUUAAUAAUGACGUUCAAAGCUUCUUUUUUUUUUUUUUCCAAA